AUGGCGUUGCCGUCCUCGGAAUCAUUAAGUUGCACUUUCUCGACCGACUCGCCUGAAUUUCUAACAGACGAAUCCCUGCACGAAGCCUAUGAGCUAGAGUUAAAGACAAAAGAUGGCGAGAGUGUCCGAUUUGGUGAGCUCGUGGCGGGGAAAGGAGACACAAUAACUACUAUCGUCAUUUUUGGUAACGCAAAACCAGCCCAGGUGAUAAUUAUCGGGUGUGGAGACCAUUCCGUUAUCGUGCCCUACACGGAGGAGACUACAGACGCGUUUCCUAUAUACUCUGACGCAUCAGGGAAGAUAUAUGAGCAGCUACAUAUGAAAAGAACUUUGGAGGGAUUUACGACGCCACCACCAUAUGCACCAGAGUCUUUUACUAGCGCGCUUGCAAAAUACGUCAAGCAGACGACCAAAAAUUUGAUUGCGGGGCUCAAGGGGGGUCCUUUGGAUCAGCAGGGGGGCGAGUGGAUUUUUCACCGGGGGAAGCUUCGGUUUUCGCAUCGGAUGGAGGCGGUCAAUGAUCACCUUUCGGCGGAGCGAUUGUUAGAUAUCUUGAGAACGGAUCAGGGCCAGGAUAGUCCAUCACCUGGGACGUCACAAGAUCAGGAAUCAGGAUAUUCAUAG